CGUGAUUUCUCCGAAUCUCGGGUCUUUGCUUCAACACGCCAUUACGUUUAACAGACAAAGCAAAAUGAAGUCAUUUGUCGAGGACCUAAAGCUUCAAGUCCAGUGUUCUCUGUGUAAUGAGACAAUGUUUGAACCCAAGUUAUUACAAUGCUUUCAUACAUUCUGUAAGACUUGCAUCAAGACAAAUGCACAACUUGAUGAUCAGGUCAACAUCUUCAAGUGUCCUCAGUGUGACUCRUCAACCGAGCUCAAAGAACUCAACGACGUGGAAGACUUAGAGAUCAGUCCUAUACACUCAAGAAUCUUGCAAGUCUUGUCAUUUGUUGAGAACCAGAAGGUUUGCUCGAUUUCUGCCAGCCAUAGUGAUGCAUUGUGGCGAUGUCUCGACUGUGAUCGCUCGUUGUGUGAAGACUGUCUACGCAAUCAUUCUACAUUCAUUAAAGAUCACAAAGUCGUUGCAUUGUCUGAGAUGACGAAGGAAAAUGUCGAGCUCAUGUUUAAAAAGAAAAUCACCUGCAAAGAACACACUAAUCAAGAUAAUGUAUUGCACUGCCAAGAUUGCAACGAGUUUGUGUGUUUGCUCUGCUUGAGGGAUCACCAUCACAAUGACCACAAGAUAACAUCACUACAGGAGUUUAUCACUGCCAAGAAAGAUUCUCUUUCUAAAAAUCUCGAAGAAAUCGAAAAAAUGCAUGCAAACGAGGAGGAAAAGAAACAGCAAGAGCAAAUUGCAAUCGACAUCAAUCGUGAUGGAGAAAAAGCUCAAAAACAAGUCAAGGAACUGACAAAGAAGCUGGUGAAAAAAAUAACUGAUCAAGAGCAAGAACUUCUAAAUGAAAUCCAGUUGUGCAUGACGAAGGCUGACAGAAAUUUACGCAUACUACGUCACACUCCAGCAGCACAAGAGUACAUCAAAUAUCUCAUUCAAAGUGAAGUUGUAAGUGGCAUGUUUGAUAUGCGAUCACACGCAGAAUAUUUGGAAACGUUUAUCUACAAAACAUAUGAAAAAGACAUCGGUGGGAUAAAAUUCAAACCGAACAAACUGCUUUGUGAACAAAUUGAUACUGGCUUAGGACUUGUUCAAGAUUAUAAGAAAGUGGAUCCAAAGAUGAGUUUGGUAAAUUCUAAUCCAUUGUACGCCAUGUACGCUAUGAACAAAGAAAAGUUGACAGUGACACUUCGAACUUAUAAAGGGGAACUUUGUGACCCGCCACUGGAUGACGUAACAAUACAUAUGACGCCUGAAGAUGACGUCAGAGUAGGAGAAAACCAAGUUACAAUGGACGACCUGAUUGGGGUGAACUUCACUCCACUCGUUCCUGGUCAGCUGACAGCAGAGGUUAAAGUACAUGGUAAUCCAGUAUCCAAUAGUCCAUUAGUGAUAAAUAUUCAACCACAAAGAAUACAAAACAAGACGGUACAUCCAAAGCUGCAUGCCUUGAAUAUUGUGCCUCAAGAUCUUUCAGGUAUUGCAGUGAAUAAAUCCAACACUAAGAUUGCUGUAGCAGACAGGUCGGCCUGUUGUGUCAGAGUGUUCAACAUGGAUGGAGAUUUGCUAUUGUCGUAUGGUAGCGAAGGAAGUGGACGAGGACAGCUGAAGAAUCCAGAGGGCUUAUCAUUUCUCGAUGACACAGAUUUAGUCAUAGCUGAUUGCAAUAAUCAUAGAAUAUGCAUAGUGGACACAACCUCUGGUAGGCUUGUUACAACCUUUGGUUGUCAAGGCAACAUGGAUGGACAGUUCAACGGCCCACGUGGAGUACAUGUUGAUGAUGAUUCUAACAUCAUUGUAUGUGAUUAUGGUAAUCAUCGUGUUCAAGUGUUCACAAAGAAUGGUGACUAUCUAUAUCAGUUUACAAUACCAAAUAAACCUUAUAGCGGCCCUUAUAGCACAAUUAAACACAAUGGACUGUUCUAUGUCAGUGCUGGAUCAGUGGUACACGUGAUUGAGAUGAAAGACAACCAGUCACCAACUACAGUAAACACUAUUGGUGAACAGGACUACUACAACCCUAGAGGUCUAGCCAUUGAUAAUGACAACAAUCUUCUGGUGUGUGGUUGCAGUUCCGGCAGUGAGGUAUAUAUUAAGUUUAAAUCGGAUGGUCGUUAUGUAGGAAAAACUAGUUUCCUAAAAUGCGCACUGAAGUACUUAGCAGUGCUAAAUGAUGGUCAGAUUAUUUGCACUUCAGAUAAAGGGAACGUAUUUUUCAUGUAGGCAGAUAACGAAAACACAAGUAAAAUGAAAAUAUACAAUAAUUUGAUAUCGAGUGCACGCACUUCAAAUCCGUUAAGUAUUAACGGAGCUAAUUGAUAAUUGAUAGGAUAGUUGUUCAACGGUCGUCUAGCCCGGUGACGUCAUGAAUGUUUUGGCGAAGUGCAUCAUGGAUGGAAGUAUAAAGAUGGCGGACGUCUAUAAAAAACUACCACAACGAAAUUAAUGUUGGAAGUCAAGAAUAUUUUAGAAGAGCUUUAAAGAAAUUCAUACACACUAGAGUGUCUAGCAUAUGUUAAAAGACCUCUCCAGAAAAAUAACUAAUUUUAUUUGUUUGGAAAACAGCUGUACUUUCGUCAAUCCCAUGAUGCAUCACGUCAACGUCCUUAGGGUAAAUCUUAGAAAAAAUACACAGCGAACCUGGAUACCUUUGUUACCAAAGUCUUUUUAAUUGAUUUGGACGAUCAAAUAUUUUAUCAUUUGGCUACUUUCUCUGUUGUUUGCUUUUCCGGUUGGAGCAUCGAACGGCAUGUUGGAUAGAUUACAAAGUCUGUCUAACUUUUCCAUACUUUUCAUUUGAAAAAAUGGCCAUCCGAUAAUAGCACACUUUCAAUAUUCUGGAUGAAUGGCCACGAACAAUGGAACUGAGGACGAGGCUCAAGGGAAACAAAGUAAUUAUCUAUCGUUUCCUGGACUUUUCUAUUUUCAACCAAAAUCGAAAGUUGGCUAUUUAUUUAGUUUAGUAAUAUAAUUCCAAAAGAAAAAGAAAUAUAACAUUUAGAUCAUUAAAAAAAAAACACAAAAACCAUAACAAAGGUACUAAAACAAGGUGACGAAAAGAGCUAAAUAGAAAGUUGACUUAAUAGAAAUAGAGUAAUUAUAAUAAUACAUUUUUUGCUCUUGAAUUCUUGAUAGAGUAUUCACAAUUUCUUGUAAUUACAGUGAAAGAACAAAAAUGUAUUCACAAUUUCUUGUAAUUACAGUGCAAGAACAAAAAUGUAUUCACAAUGUCUUGUAAUUACAGUGAAAGAACAAAAAUGUAUUCACAAUUUCUUGUAAUUACAGUGAAAGAACAAAAAUGUAUUCACAAUUUCUUGUAAUUACAGUGAAAGAACAAAAAUGUAUUCACAAUUUCUUGUAAUUACAGUGAACGAACAAAAAAGUGUUUUCCAUUUGUAUAAGAAAAUGGCAGCAGCUGCAAAUCGUCUAGUGUGAGUUAGAGGGUUUAACUGAUGAUCAUGUCGGUUAAGCAAUCAUGCAAUGUGUAUGGAGUUUUGUUACUGCAUUGCUUUGCUUUUAAUAAAAGAGACGUUUAAUUUGAA